AUUCGCUGUUUUGAUUGCACCAGGAGUUUUCCGGCUUAGAUCCUCCUUCCUUGCCCCGGGGGGCAACCGAGGAGCCGAACUCUCAAACAUAGACCCGGGCUAUCCUGCCGUCACACAGCAAUGGCAUUCGCCAACUUUCGCCGCAUUUUGCGGCUCUCCACAUUUGAAAAACGGAGGCUGCGGGAGUACGAACAUGUCCGGAGAGACCUCGACCCUAACCAAGUGUGGGAGAUCAUCGGAGAGCUGGGAGAUGGAGCCUUCGGAAAAGUGUACAAGGCUAAGAACCGGGAAACUGGAAUAUUGGCAGCUGCCAAAGUCAUCGAAACAAAAAACGAGGAGGAGCUGGAGGAUUAUAUGGUUGAAAUUGACAUUUUGGCAACCUGCAACCACCCAAAUAUUGUGAAGCUUCUGGGUGCUUUCUAUUUUGAGGGGAAGCUAUGGAUUAUGAUAGAGUUUUGUCAAGGUGGAGCUGUGGAUGCAGUCAUGCUUGAACUGGACCGUGGUUUGACAGAACCCCAGAUUCAAGCUAUUUGCAGACAGAUGUUGGAGGCCCUGAUCUAUAUCCAUAGCAUCAAGAUCAUCCAUCGGGAUUUAAAAGCUGGAAAUGUGCUGCUAACCCAGGAUGGUGAUAUCAAGCUAGCGGAUUUUGGGGUAUCAGCAAAGAAUGUGAAGACCUUACAGAGAAGGGACUCCUUCAUAGGCACACCGUACUGGAUGGCUCCAGAGGUAGUGAUGUGUGAGACCAUGAAGGAUGCGCCAUAUGAUUACAAGGCAGAUAUCUGGUCGUUGGGAAUAACACUCAUUGAAAUGGCACAGAUCGAACCACCUCAUCAUGAGCUGAACCCGAUGCGAGUUCUCCUGAAGAUUGCAAAGUCAGAACCACCAACACUUUCAGCUCCUUCUAAAUGGUCUUUGGCGUUUCGAGAUUUCCUGAGAAAAGCUCUGGAUAAAAAUCCUGAGACCAGACCAAGUGCAGCUCAACUUCUUGAGCAUCCCUUUGUAAGUAAAGUUUCCAGUAACAAAGCUCUGCGGGAGCUGGUAGCUGAAGCAAAGGCUGAAGUGUUGGAUGAAAUAGAAGAGAACGGGGAACUGGAAGAGGAGGAUUCUCCGGACCAUCUCUCUCCUCCUGCGGAUAGCAAGAAUGCAACUGAAGUUAUCGGACAAUACACUAAGGAGGGUGAAAAGACCAAGGAACAUAUUAAAGAACCUGUAAAAAAUGGGUUAAAACCACCUACCCAGAUGACUAUACAUCCGUCAGAUAUCCAGAUUGACCAGUGUACAGACCCUGGACGUAAUAGCAAAGAGGUGCCCAAAAACUCAUUGGAAGACAAUGUACAAAAUCUUCAAGGUGAAGUGAAUGGGAAACCUGAUAUAAUCAUCAUGAACCCACUCAUUAACAACAUGGGCUCAUACAGAAAUUCUGUCGGAGAAAAAUACAACCAAAACCGAGAGGAUGACCAUGAAUUGGGACUUUCCACAAGCCUCAGGCCAAAGAGCGUCCAUUCCGACUGUCCAUCUAGUGACAAUUUGCCCAAUGGAAGCUUGGACUCACCUGCCCGUUUCUUUAGUGUCAAAUCUAAGAGAGAUUCAGAUUCAGGCAGCACCUCUGCUUCUGAUAGUAUGGACAUAAGUAUGAAUUUGUCUGCAGAUUUAUCUCUUAAUAAAGAGACGGGAUCGCUAUCGCUCAGGGAAUCCCGCCUUCACAACAAGACAUUGAAACGGACGAGGAGGUAUGUGGUUGAUGGCGUAGAAGUAAGCAUCACUACCUCAAAGAUCAUUAGUGAGGAUGAGAAAAAAGAUGAGGAAAUGCGCUUCCUGAGGCGCCAGGAACUGCGUGAGUUGAGGUUACUUCAAAAGGAGGAGCAUAGAAACCAAUCUCAGCUUAAUGCUAAACACAUAAUGCAGCAGGAGCAGAUGGGGCGUCGCUUUGAGCAAGAGAUGCAUGCUAAGAAGAAGUUUUAUGAUUCAGAGUUGGAAACACUUGAACGGCAGCAGAAACAGCAGAUUGAGAGGAUGGAGCAAGACCAUGCUGUGCGCAGAAGAGAUGAGGCUAAACGUAUCCGAACUGAACAAGAGAGAGAUUAUGCAAAAUUCAUGGAACAUCUCAAACUGCUCAAAAAGGAGGUAAAAUCUGCAGUAGAAAAACUUCCAAGGCAGCAGCGCAAGGAGAACAUGAAGCUGAAGAUGGAUGAGUUUGCUCAUAGAAAGCAGGCAGAGGAGCAACACUUCCUAAACAAACAGAAGGAGGAUUUGUCUUUUGCCAUGAGAACAAUCAUUUUGGAGAAUAAGAAGGAGAUAUAUGAAAAGGAGCGCGAGUUUCUUACCAGAAAACAGCAGCUUAUAAGAGACAAGGAGGCUGUUAUUUGGGAACUAGAAGAGCGCCACCUACAGGAGAGACACCAGCUAAUGAAACAGCAGCUCAAAGACCAAUAUUUCUUACAACGUCAUGAGCUUCUGAGAAAACAUGAGAAGGAGCAAGAACAGAUGCAACGUUAUAACCAGCGCAUGAUAGAGCAGCUACGACUACGGCAACAGCAGGAAAAGACACGUCUGCCAAAAGUCCAGAGAGGUGAAGCAAAGACUCGGAUGGCCAUGUAUAAGAAGAGCCUCCACCUCGGUUCCAGUGGAAGUGCUGCUGAGCAGAGGGAAAAGAUAAAACAGUUUGCCCAGCAGGAGGAGAAAAGACAAAAGGCUGAGCGACAACAGCAACAGCAGAAACAUGAACAUCUGAUGAUGGAAAUGCAAGCCCAGUGUGAAAGCAACAGCAGAGAUCUGCAGCAGAUGCAGAAUGAGAAGUGUCACCUCUUGGUGGAACAUGAAACACAGAAGUUGAAGAGCUUGGAUGAGAACCACCUCAACAUACUGAGAGACUGGAGGGAGAAAUUGCGACCUCGCAAGAAGGCUUUAGAGGGCGAUCUGGAACAGAAGAAGCAGGAACAAGAGAUGUUUUUCCGUAUGAGUGAGGAUGCUGGAGGACAGACAGUAACCCCCAAUAAGCCUGCCAAGUUCUAUCCCUAUAGCUCUGCUGAAGCUUCAUAAUGUCCUUAAAAAAAUCAGACUUUUUCUAGUGCCCUAUCUAUGAAACCUCUAAAGUAAACUUAUUUUGCUAUUUUAUUUUUUAUUAUUGACCUGUGCAGCAACUUUGUUUGUGCAUCACAGUAACUAAGAAGAUAUAGUGAUACUUCAAAUUAAAAAGGAAAAUAAAUAAUAGUCAAUCUAUGAGUAGUAAAGCAUCAACCUUAUGAGAUCACAAGAAGAAUGUGAUCUUGCAAGUAAAAUACAUCAAGGAAAUAUGAGCAAAUUGCAAUUCUCUCCACAGUUUACACAAUGAGAUAUUUUCAUCCCUAGCUUUCAAGUGUGCCAAUGAGCCGGUGUUACUUGUAAAGCGGCAUCACUCGUUGUCUUACACCCUUAUAGAUGACACUAGAUGUUAUCGAUUGAGAAGGGAGCAACACUGUAAGGCCAUUAUGUUCCCUUGCAUCUUUCUCCAAGAUCCUGACACUGUCAGAAACUGCAAUCGGAUACUUUACUACAGGGUUUUAAUUUAUAUUAUAGAAUGCUCUAUUGCUCUCAUUACAGAAAAAAAAUAUUGGAGCAUAGAUUAAGACAAUAAUUACUAGAAUGCAAGACCCAAGUAGAAUCCAAUAUUCUACUUGGGUCAAUACUGAUUAAUUUAAUCCCAUGUAAAGAUCCUUUAAUAAUAUUGUGGGCAAAUGUAUUUUUAGAGAUUUGUAACUUAGUCAUUUGUUCGGUGCACUUAGUACUGCCUAGAAUAUAGCAAGGGAAUGGACUGCUGGUCAGUCUCUUGUGGGAUAAUGUUACAUUAUGGUGCUGUAGAACAGCUUCCAGCCAACUGAUGUGAGCAAGGUCUUCCAGCAUGGCAUCUUCAGAACAAUGCUAUAAAACUGCUGUUAUCGGAGAACCUCUCUUGUCUACAUCAUUGAAAAGUUUAAGAUAUAUUACAUUUUGGUUAGGAAUGAUUUGUGCCAUGACUGUGAGCGUAUUUUGCGUACCUCUUACAUUUUGAAACCUCUUAAAUUAUUGGUUGAUUUCACUUAUUCACAAAGGAGAAUUCACAUUUGCUUUUCAGCUAUCAAUGAUCUAACGGUAAGAUUCCUAACAUUCAGAUGUUGUAUACUUGUUGACAAACUGUGUUAUAUAUAGGUUCUAACAGAACAAACAAAAAAACUAGCUAAUUACCGUAGCAAAGCUUAGAAAUAAUGAAGGUUUACAUUCAGCCUUAUAUAAAGUGCAAUACUGAUCCCCUGCUUAAAAAAGUAUAAUUAUAUUUUAUAGAUACAUUUAUAACAGAGUUGUAAGAUAUAAAGAUUAAUACAGUAAAACUGUUUAUAACUAUUUUCAUUUUGCUUUAAAAGUUCUUGUUUUGAUUAAAAGGCUUUUUCAAAAUAAUUAAAAAAAAUUAAUCUAAAUCUGUAUACAAAAAAAAAUCUUUGGUUAAAUAAGAGUUGUUUGAUAAAACAUUGUACACUGUAAAUAAGAGUCUAAUAAAAUAACAAGAAUGUAAAUGACAA